CCUAAACAGGGAGUGUCCAGUGUGUGUGUGUGUGUGAGGAUGAGUGGCGGUAAAAAGAGGAGUGGCUUCCAGAUCACCAGCGUCACAUCAGACUUAAACCAAACUCCAACCGGCCAAUCAGCUCCCAGCGUGGUCCUGACUGUCCUCCAAACUGAGACCUCCUCCUGCAGCCCUCAGAGAAGCUCCUCCCAGCCAACCACGCCCUCUCUGAGGAGAAAAUACAUUUCCCAUGAUGCACUGGGACAGGGGGCAGGGUCUUGCUCCAGGUUCAGGGUGGUGCGACUGGCGGUGGGCGGAGCUGUCAACUGUGGGCGGCGUGAGUCGUAUCGCCGCGGGCGAUGGACAUGCACUGACUUCAUGGAACAGCUGGAGGGGGCGGGGUUCAGACGUGUGAUAGAAAACAUGAGACACGCCCACUCGCUGGAGUCAUUGGAUCUGAUUGGCCGGGACAGAGGCAGAGGCGGAGCCCAAUCACAGGACACAGCUCAACCAAUAAGAGGCAGGCAGGGAACGGGGCUUGUCCUGCGCAGUGGACCACCCUCCCCGACACACCAGGAGCCAAUCACCAUCCAGCCCCUGAACCAAAGGCAGCCAAUGGGAGAGCAGGGUUUAGACUCCACCCCUCUCCCACGUUUGUCUCGCACACAAAACAUCCCUCCUUCUCUACGAUUGGACGUCAAGACCCGAGGACAGUCUGUCCUAAGACUGUCUCACUCUCAGCCCAGCUCACCCCCUGCUGGAUCGUACCAUCCCACUCUGGACCAAACCAUCUUCAGCUCAGUGGACGACAGUACCUCCAGUCACAGUCUGGUCGCCCUUGACAACAGGAUCGAGCAGGUCCUGGACCUGGUAAAGAGUCACCUGAUGCUGGCGGUGAGGGAGGAGGUGGAGCUUCUGAGGGAACGAAUCAGAGAACUUCAGGAGAAGAACCAACAUCUGGAGAGAGAGAACCACAUCCUGAGAACACUGACUCACAACAUACACACAACAUAACACACACUAACACACAGUACACACUGAUGAGGCC